AUGUGGAACAAGACAAUUGACGACUUCAUGCAGCUUCUGGAGUUCAACAAGUGUGAAUCGGACCAUUGCGUUUACAUGAAGCGUUCAGACCAAGAUAUGAUUUUCGUGGCACUUUACGUUGACGAUUUAAUUCUCGCAAGCAGCAGCCUCAAGAUGCUCAAAGAAACAAAACAAUCACUCAGCGAUCGAUUCGAGAUGACGGAUAUGGGUCAGCUUAAAUACUUUCUCGAAAUGGAAAUCGAGCAAGACACGAUAGCAGGAACAGUCUCGAUGCGGCAGACUACGUUUGCAAGUGAUGUUUUGAAAUAG